GUCGGGAAGGUCUUCUUUUUUGUUUCUGUUUCUGUUUCUUCUCCGCGCCCAACGUCCUUCUUUCUGCAACUCACCUCCAUCGGUCCAAAGUCGUUUGUGAUCUCAUCGACAGCUGGUUGUCGUCUAUCCUCCUCUUCCUUUCCCUCUUACACAACUACAAAUAUCCAUCUCGAUCCUUGCUUGUUCCCUCCUCCGCGCUGAGCAAGUCUCGCGCGCACUACCGUUUUGUACGGCCACAAACCGCCAUCCCCUCGUUUCAUCUUUACGUCGUUUCGCCCGAGGCCGUCAAGGUUCACAGAAUAUUAUACAUCUUGCUCCAAAAGUCGUUCGUUGCAUCCCGGCUGAGGCUCGAAACCUUUGGUUUCCUUCAUUUCAUCCGUGCUCUGCCAGUCUCAACUGUUCGACGCCAACUGCCGCGCACCCUUCGCUCGCUCUUCCGAAUAUUCUGCACCUUCCGCGUUCCUAUUCCAUUUACGAAACACGCCGGUUCUGCCCGUGGAAUAUCGACCGCAAACUGGGUGAGAAUUCCUGACUUUGGAGAGUUAGUUCAUGUUAUUGGAACAGACCCCUGCAUCCUCCAGUAAUACUUGCGAAAGUGUGUUUCGCGCUUGCCCUUCCAUCUUCCAGUCUCGACAGCCACUGUGAUCCAACGCUAGAGAUAGCAAAGGUAUGCAAGUUUUCUUCUAGAGGCCCACAGCCCGGUCAUCGAUCGCUUCCUCGUCAAAGUUGUCGAACUUGUCUGCUACCUGCCAACCAACCGACUUAAGGACCAAUAUUAUUGGCCCACCUUUUUCUCUGUGGUCGGCUUUAGUUACCUCUCGACAGAUAGAGUGCAUAUCGCAGUUGCCGAGGAUACAAGUCGACCGCCUUUUUCUGCCGAAGCAUACCUACGCAGUCAAAGCUCGACACGCGUCCAUCACUUGCAUUCAGUCUCUCACCGAGAGCUAUGAACCAGUCUCCUGCUCGCCGAUCUAGUUUUGGAGGAAUGUUACUACGCAGGACCAAGAGUGGCGACAUGAAGAAGCAGCAGCAGCAGGCCAAAGCGCAAGAGCUCCAGCGCCAGCGUGAUGCUGCACUUCCUCAGGCCCCUCCUCGGCUGCCCGCCCUCUACAACGGAGCCCCCGCUCCCCAACUAGGGCUCGGUACCGAGGUUCGUCCCGAUUCACUCGCAAUCAUCUCAGGAACCACGGACUCGACGGGCGUCGGACACUCAUCUAAUUACUCUAUAUCUUCUACUGCUCGUCCAUCCAUGGAGGCUCCACGCUCAGUAUACAAAGUCCCUCCGCCUCCCCCCAUUCCCAACGACUUCGACCCUUACGUCAAUGCCACCAGUAUGGCGCAUCGUGGACGUUACAGCUAUGCUAGCAGUGCAGUUAGCUCCAUCAACAGCCCCAGAAGAGUCCGCAGAAGAAAGGAUCCGACUGCCUUCAAUGUCCUCGUUGUCGGUGCUAGCAAUUCGGGAAAAACAUCGUUCUUGGAGUUCCUCAAGAGUGCCUUGGCACCACCCAAACGGCGGGGAAAGCCCGUUGACCAGCAAGAUCACUCUCCGAAACCCUCACCUUCCGGUAACUUCAUUCCGCAUUAUCUCGAAACCGAGUUCGACGGUGAACGCGUCGGAUUGACAUUGUGGGAUUCAGAGGGACUGGAAAAGAAUGUUGUUGAUUUACAGCUCCGCGAGCUAUCAAGUUUCUUGGAGAGCAAGUUUGAGGAAACAUUCGUAGAGGAGAUGAAGGUCGUGAGAUCGCCUGGUGUACAGGAUACCCACAUCCACGCCGUCUUCCUCCUCCUCGACCCUGCACGACUUGAUCGAAACAUCGCAGCCAGCUGGGCCGGCGCUGGCAAUAUGUUUCUCAACGGCAUCAGGCACUCUCCCUCUUCUCGUAUCGCGGGGGCUUUGGACGAAGACCUCGAUUUGCAAGUUAUGCGAACACUCCAUGGAAAGACCACGGUGAUCCCGGUUAUAGCCAAGGCUGAUACUAUCACAACGAAACACAUGAGCGUGCUAAAGAGGGCGGUCUGGGAUAGCCUUAAGAGGGCCAAUCUGGAUCCUUUGCAGGCCCUUGGACUGGAUGAGGAAGAUGACGACGACUCCUCUGACCGUAUCGAUGAAGAAGAAGAGAACCCUGUGUUCGACCACAGUGACACAGAGGAGGCUGUUCAUGACGAAGAGCGUCUUACCGCAAAGCAAGGGUCUUCACCCAGCUCUAACCGACACUCUAAUGGCUCCGUUCGCCGCCACAAGCCUUCAGAGGAGGCUACUUCCGAGGAUGAAAUUCCCUUCGUCCCCAUGUCGAUCAUCAGCCCAGAUCUCUAUGAGCCGGGUGUCAUCGGCCGCAAAUUCCCCUGGGGUUUUGCGGAUCCCUACAAUGAAGAGCACUGCGACUUUGUUCGGCUUAAGGAUGCCGUCUUCAACGAGUGGCGUUCCGAUUUGCGGGAGGCCAGUCGGGAACAGUGGUACGAGAACUGGAGGACGAGCAGGCUGAAGCAACACGGCGCAAAGAUCCGUUAGUGUGGUUCUGGCAAGUCAUGAAUGCCAAGGCCUGUCUGGUUGGCCUUUUGUUCCGAUUACCUCGAAAUGGUAUCCCUUUCCAGUACCGUCGGAUAUCGAAUCGCGCCGCUUCAGACCGAACAGCUGAUGGUAUCAUGCAUCUGAAUAUACUUGAGCAGAAUGCAGCCCAGCGGCACUGGGAUACCCAUCUGAUAACACCGGACGUGGAGAUUCUGUUCAGCGCACCCAUUGCUGUAUGGUAGUUCCUGUUCUUGCCUCGGAGGCUGGCAGUACAUUAUCAGAUGUGGACAGGAGGUACCAUGUUAUGGAGACAGAGCAGAGAGUGUUUCGAUGUGUUUCAUGUGUUAUGUUUCUACAUGGUUUGUUUACUUGUUUCGAUACGACACGGAUAUGGAAUACCCCCAAACAGCCCUUUAUCUACUUUCUCAUUUCGUACACUUAUCUUCUUUUCUCUCGCCGCAUGGCACUUGUUCUUUCUUGCUGGGUGUUUUGUAUUAUGGCAUCUGUACGUGCUGAUGAGAAAAUUGAGAGUGGCAGCAUGAAAGGCAGUUUUACUCACAGUAAAUGAGCCAGAGAACGGGAGGAUAUUUAAGAAUUAGAUGAUUAUAUAUCCUGUUGCUGGUUCGACUCUCAACGGAAGUCAUCAUCCUUCACUAUCUUCAGCAACUCCAUAUAUGGUACUUCUCGUAGUCGUAGCGGUGGCUUUGGAGAUUUUACAGUGCAGGAGGUACGCACGCCUGACAAAUAACCAAUUGACGAUUUCAAUAAAGUGUAUUUUCUUCUUCCCCCCAUUCCCGUUGCCUAGCCUCGAAUCUCAAGUGACUUGUUUGUCACAUUCUUUCUCCCACCCAAAAC